CAUGGCGGCUGUCGUGAAACAACGAAAUAGGAAACGUCCUAGACCUCAAGCUCAAGAGAGCAGCCCUCUGAAGAGAAAAGUCGAUGAGAACUCGCCAGUAAUACUAUCAUUUAAAAAUCAUCGGCAAGAGCUGGAUUCUCGGCAUGACAAACACGAGCGUUUAGUUAAAUGUAGCAGAGAUGUUACUAUUGCAAGCAAACGGAUCAUUUUUAAUCUUCAGCGAGUAGCCGGAGCGAGUGAUACGGAGCAGAUCUUCAAAGAAGCAGAUGAAAAGUUUGUAACGGUUAAAGAACUCCUAAAUACGAUAGCUUUGGAGUUAGAGGGAGAAGACCCUUUCUUGUUCACCCGAGCGUACUCUCCUGGUGUGCAGGAAUACAUCGAAGCAUUGUCUUUCGCGCAUUUUCUCAAGAGAAAAACUUUGAUUUCUUUCGACCAAGUUGAAGCGGAGUUGAAAUUUUCAAAUGAGGAUGGUAAAGAUCUUGGCUUAAGCUUAAAUCCGUUCGACUACGUACUUGGAAUCGCGGAUCUGACGGGAGAGCUCAUGCGUUUCUGCAUAAACAGUGCGUCGAGCGGGGACCAAAACACUCCUUUUGAGGUGUGCAGCUUUCUGCGGGAAAUUCACAACGCUUUCGUGGCGUUCGGGAAUGUUUCUAGGGAGAUUGCCUCAAAAUUGAGAGUACUGAAGGCCAGUAUGAAUAAGGUGGAAGUCGCUUGUUACACUUUGAAAGUUCGGGGUUCAGAAAUUCCUCAAUUUGCUUUGGCUGAAGCACUGGGUGGAGACUUUACUUCUGAAGAAAGGGAUUUUAAUUGAAAACUGCUAUAGCCUUAGCUGUUUCAAAAGUCAGGUAUCAGGUUAAAUUUUCAACAGUUCUUCUGUCAUCUUCGGUUUUGAAUAAUACAAAGUACAAAGUACAAAGUUGAAUUUAAAGUGUGUAACAAAAUGCUGAUUGGACAAAACACACUAUAAAUUCAACUUUACUUUGUAUUAUUCAGAACUGAGGAUGACAGAAGAACUGUCGAAACAUGUCUUUAAAAAGUGUCAUUCAUUUUCUUAAAUUUGUUACAUAUCUGCUUCUAUCCAGACCUUUUGGCAGUUAAAUUGUUUCUGUCAUUUGAUACUGUGUUGUUCUAAGGCAGGUAAUACAGUUGUGUUUUUGUGAGGCAUUUAUCCCACUCAAUCAUUUACACCCUAACAUGGAUAUCAAUAUUCUCCAUACUGUUCUCUCUACAUUUCUUAAUAAGCUGACAAGGAGAAUUUGUAAACAAUCACAGACUUUUCUAAUCAGUGAUCAUUUCCUUUAUUCUCAUUAUCUUAAUGUGUGAUUCAGCAGUUUUACAAGAGCUGAAAAGCUAGCAGAUAUUUUAACCAUCAUUUUUACAUUUGUGACUUAUUGCCAUGCCAUGUGAAUGUUCUGUUUUGUCAGCUUGGAUUUUUAACUAGACUUUCAACUUCUUUAGCACCUAAAUGCCUCAGUUAGAGAGAUACAGUGUUCCAGUGAUUGUUGCCCCUGACCAUGUAUCAAGGAGCCCUAGUUCUUGUCCUAGCUGGACCAUUUUGUUAUUUUUCUUUACUCUCAAAGUCUAUUCCUCUGUUCAGAGGCAGAAAUGUCAAAAAUUAUGAAUGGAAGCCUGUCAAGGAAAGAUGGCAAAUUG